CGUCGAUUCCGCGCUCAGCAAUCGUAACGACUCCGAGCGAUCGUCAUGAGAGUCCUGAUAAUACUUGCGGUGUGUUUGGUGGUGAGCGCAAAUGCCUUGAAAAGCAGGCGCCAUACACGAGUAGUACGCCAAACAUCCUCCGGUGGAGGCUGUCUAUACGAGGGAAAGGUCUACCAGCAAGGGCAGACUUGGACGGUACCAUGCAAGUAUGACUGUUCAUGCGUGGAUGGCACUGCCGGCAAAUACUCGUGUACGGAUGUGUGUCCCACCUACGACAACCUGCCUCAGGGCUGUUUUAUGGUGAAGAUACAAAACUCGUGCUGUUCCAAACCCCAAUGCAACUUCCAGACUACCGACGGAGGCACCGGUGGAAUGGGCACUCAAACAGGAGGUGGUGGUGGUUCGGUGGUGAUCCAAAAUGGCGGCGGAGCUGGGAGUCUACAGACAGCCACGUGCACGGAUUCUCUAUCCAACUGCCCGGACUACGGCGCAGCUAUGUGCAGCGAUCCUCAAUACACCCCAUGGGCCAAAGACAACUGUAGAAAAACAUGCAACUUGUGUGGGUCAUCAAUGAGCUCAGGAGGUUCAAUGGGGGGAUCGACUGGUGGAGGUCAAAUGACUGGAGGACAAACUGGAGGCACUGGAGGCACUGGAGGUGACGGAGGAUUUCACUUGAUUAUGACCCCUGGAGGAUCAAGCGGGUCUACUGGAGGAUCAAGCGGGUCUACAUCCUGUGUUGAUACUAUCAGCAACUGCGCUGCCUACACUAACUCGGUGUGUAGUGACCAGCAGUACGAUCAAUGGGUCCUCAAAAACUGUCCAGCUUUCUGUCAUAAAUGUGGCAUGCUGGGUAGCAGCACAGGUACUAUGACCGGAACCGGAACAGGAACCGGAACAGGAACCGGAACAGGAACCGGAACAGGAACCGGUGGAUCUGGAGGAACGAUACUUAUACCCUCCAUAGGUGGCUCUGGUUCUGGAACUUACCCCAACACUGGUACUGGUUCAGGAACCUACCCCAACACCGGAACUGGAUCAGGCACCUACCCCAACACAGGUACUGGAACUGGAACUUACCCCAACACCGGAACUGGAACCGGAACUUACCCCAACACCGGAACUGGAUCAGGAACCUACCCCAACACAGGUACUGGAACCGGAACUUACCCCAACACCGGAACUGGAACCGGAACUGGAACUUACCCAAACACCGGAACUGGAUCAGGAACCUACCCCAACACAGGUACUGGAACCGGGACUUACCCCAACACCGGAACUGGAACCGGCACUUACCCCAACACCGGAACUGGAGCCGGAACUUACCCUAACACCGGAACUGGAACAGGAACUUACCCCAACACCGGAACAGGAUCAGGAACAUACCCCAACACAGGUACUGGAACUGGAACUUACCCCAACACCGGAACUGGAACCGGAACUUACCCCAACACCGGAACUGGAACCGGAACUUAUCCCAACACCGGAACAGGAUCAGGAACCUACCCCAACACAGGUACUGGAACCGGAACUUACCCAAACACCGGAACCGGAACUAACCCCAACACCGGAACAGGAACUGGAACGUACCCAAGCGGGACUGGUGGAACUGGAACUGGAACGGACCCAAGCGGAACUGGUGGAACAGGAACUGGAACGUACCCAAGCGGCACUGGUGGCACUGGAACUGGAACGUACCCAAGCGGGUCUGGUGGAACUGGAACGUACCCAAGUGGAUCUGGUGGAACUGGAACCGGAACGUACCCAAGUGGAUCUGGUGGAACAGGAACUGGAACGUACCCAAGCGGCACUGGUGGAACUGGAACUGGAACGUAUCCAAGCGGCACUGGUGGAACUGGAACUGGAACUUACCCAGGUGGAUCUAGUGGAACCGGAACUUACCCAGGCGGGUCUGGUGGAACUGGGGUGUAUCAAGGUGGAUCGGGUGGAAGCGGAACUGGAUCAGGAGUCGGUUUUGGUACAGGUGGUUCUGGAUCUGGAAGCUACACAGGUGCAUGUGCUGACAGAAUCCAGAACUGCGCAGCCUAUGGGCAGUCUGUAUGUACUGACCAAACAUACGCAGGAUGGGUGAAGGAUAACUGCGCUAAAACUUGUAACAAAUGCAGUGGUGGUACGAUCACGACUGGAACAAACGGCGGAAGUGGUUAUUACGGACCAGGAGGUACAGGCAUGGGCAGUUCGAUGACCCAAACAGGCACCGGCUCCUCGGGUGUUGUCACCGGACAUUCAAACGGUUGUGCCUAUAAGGGCCAAGUGUAUCAGCAAAAUCAGUCGUGGAAGGACGGCUGUGAUUAUAGGUGCACGUGCACUGACGGAGCACAGGGAAGGUACAACUGCCAACAGCUAUGCGUACAAUGGGAUAACCUCCCGAACGUUUGUCAGAUGAAUCCCCCGGCCCAGGGGAAGUGCUGCAGAACGCCCAACUGUCCCAGCUACGUCCAGCUUCAUUACCCAGCUAACUACACACCCGAGUAAAUCAAAUGAAGAAGGCGUUUGGGUCGGUGUGGCUUUGCGAAUGCUUUCUGUGCUUCCGGAAUGUUUUGCCAAAUGACACUUGUCGUGUUUUACGAAUCUCAAUCUGCUGACUUGUGUACAAUAAACAAUCUUGAAUACAUUAUUUAA